UGUUCUUCUGUGACGUGUUCAAUUUUAAUUGGAAAGAUAUUUUUGGCAAACGAGAGAAUACUCUCGUUUCAUUUUCUUCGAUAUUGUCGAGCUAGGGUAUCAUUCGUUGGAGCUUUGGCAUGGAUUUAUCAAUCAAUCCAACCACCACCGGCUAAAAUCGUCGGCCGUGACAUCGCCGAGGAUCAAACUGAGAGACGGAAGACAUCUUGCUUACAAGGAAUUCGGAAUCCCUAGAGACGAAGCUAAGUUCAAGAUCAUAUUUAUCCAUGGCUUCGAUUCUUGUAUGCACGACUCGCCUUUCGCCCAUUUCUUAUCGCCGGUUGGAGUAUGUGAGCUACCACACCUUUAAGCAAGCUUUGGCUGCAUUUGAAAUGGCUCUGCAGCACAACCCAAAGAACACAGAAGUUUCUAGAAAGAUCAAGAGGCUCGGUCAGUUGCAGAAAGACAAACAGAGAGCUCAAGAACUCGAGACUCUGAGAUCUAAUGUUGACAUGGCCAAGCAUCUUGAAAGUUUUAAAUCUGAAAUGUCUGAUACCUAUGGAACUGAAGACUGUUGGAAAGAGAUGUUUUCUUUUAUUGUUGAGACAAUGGAAACAGCUGUGAAGUCGUGACACGAGACAUCUAAGGUCGAUACUAGAGGAACUGAAGACUGUUGGAAAGAGAUGUUUUCUUUUAUCUUUCUGGUAUCUUUGUUCAGUUUGAAUCUCCCUCUAUUCGAAAAGUUUGGUUCAUCCCUAGCUCAAACGAAAAGGGCCAAACUUUGUGCAGGGAACCGCAAGCUCUGGAUAUCGGUGCACAAAUCACAAGCUAGAAUUCUUGUUUCUUGACUAUUGUGAAGUGAAGACUGCAGCAUCUGAGAUAGUUAAGAUCAAUCUAAUUGCUAUAUGCAAAGCACUACUACUUAGGUUUUGAGUUUUUACAAUAUCAUAUGAAUCUUUAGUAAGUGAUUCCUCCUUUUAAGUUUUUAUAAAAACUAUGUAUGAGUGUAGAAUCAAUGAUAAUAAUAGUAAAUUUCUUUAUUGAGUCA